GGACGAGAGAGAGCGGGCUGCACCCACAUGGACGAGGCCGAUUUUUCACAAGGCACAACGUAUAAGCAGGAGGAUUUGCCUUAUGACAGGGACCGCUCCCAGAUGAAGAUAUGCAAGGGUUACAAUUUUACCGCAAAAAAGGAUGCUCUUGAAGUUUCAAAUCAAAUUAUUUUCGUAGCAGAUGACCCUCAAGAGAAGGCUAUGCAUAAUGAGACUUGUGGAAAUCCAGCUAUGACCAUGCCCCUGGGCAAAAUGGCUGAAAAUGCUGCCAAUGAAAAAAGUGAGGAAGAGAAACAAUACUCUGCAACUCCUCAUACUCCAGCUAAGGAAGGAGAUGCCUCAAAGUCAAGCGUUUCAGAUAUUUUACUCCAUCAUCUUUCCAAAGAGCCGUUCUUAAGAGGUCAAGGCAUUGAUUGUGAAACCCUCCCAGAGAUCUCAAAUGCUGACAGUUUUGAAGAGGAGGCUAUUAUUAAAAAGAGGAUUUCAUGUUAUAUUAAGAAUUCUUGGCCAAAAGAACAAACCCCAGAACUCACUGACCAACUCAGCCCCCAAAGGAAUGGUGAAAACAGUGAUAAACCCAGUUUUCCCACCACGACAGAAGAAAAUACCUCUGAAUUAGAUGAGCCAGUGGCUGCUGGAGAUAGCAGCCAUCAAGAAAAUGGAAAUGUUUUACCUAAAAUCAAGGGUCCAGGUGAUAAACAAAACAGUUGUCAAGGGCAGGCUCCCCAGAAACAGCAGACUGAAAGAGCAAGUUUGGGCAAUAGGUUCAAAUAUGGCCAGGGUCCAGUUCAUUACCAGCUUCCUGAUUUCUCUAAGAUUGCUCCCAAAGUGAAAAUUCCUAAAAAUGAAAUAGUUGAUAAACCACUUGCAAUAGCUACGCAAGCCAGCUUUUCUUCCAAGUUGGGAGAUAAACCUGCUCUUGUGCAAGAUAUUUUAGAAACCACACGUGAGUCGCCCUAUGCUGAAAAACGCCAUCAAGAGCAGACAAGGGAAAUCACUGAACCUUCGCAACAAAUCCAGAUGGAACCUACAGUACAAAUCCACCAAGAACUUCUCAAAGGAAUAGAAUCUGAGGCAAGUCUCCCAAAGUUGUCACCAACCUCUCAGAAAGGCACUUCCUCAAGUUCUUCUUACAUAUUUCAAACGUUAUCCCAAGGGAAACAGAUGUGUCAGAAGUUAAAAGAACAGACGGAUCAACUGAAGACUAAAGUACAAGAAUUUUCCAGAAGAAUAAAACAGGAUUCUCCUUAUCAUUUGCAAGACAAGAAGCUGGUCCUGGAGAAACUGCAGGGACGGCUUGAACUGCUGGAGCAGAACUUUCUGGCCACCAAGGACAAGCAUCUGACUUUGCAGCAGCAAGUCCACGAGCACGAGUCAACAAUUGUUGGUGACUUUGACCCGGAAAGAAAAAUGGAAGGUGAAAUCUUCAAGUUGGAGAUGCUACUUGAAGAUGUUAAAGAGAAAAUGGAUGAAAGCAAAUAUACUUCAGCUCCUUCUCUUCCUGUGAGUUUUCCAUUUACCCUGGAUAACUUGGCCUCCACCUCCUCUUCACUCUCAAAUGAGAUUCCCAAGGAGCACCCUGGCCACCCUCCUGGGCCUCAAGGCUCAGGUGGGAGUGAGCAAACAGGAACAGCCCAGGAAGGACUGCAGGAGGGCCCCAACGAGGAGCUCUGUGAGCUGCCCCUGCAAAUUUACCUAAAUGGUCAUUAUGGAGAUACAGCUGCCCAGAACCAACCAGACCAAGUGGCCACGAGGCUGUCUUCUGACUCCAGGGAGGACCCCAAGGGCACUUCGGGAAGGCAGGAAUGUGCAGAGACGACGGCACCCAGUCCAAGCUGUACCUUCUGCCGCAGGCUCCUUGAAUGGAAGCAAAAAGUGGAGAAAAAAGGCCACAGAAGGAUCAACUGUGGAAGAUUUUCAAUCGUCCUUCAUGAAAAGUCACUGCACUCAGAUUCAACUCCCAAUUCUGAUACAGGACAUAGCUUCUGUUCUGAUUCUGGCACUGAAAUGCAGAGUAACAAAUGUCAGGACUGCGGCAGUAAGAUUCCUGCCUCCCAAAGAGGCUGCAGGAAAGAACCACCUAAAGAAUUUCAUUACAGAUAUAACACUCCAGGACAGAAUUACUCAAAUCAUAGCAAAAGAGGUGGCUUUGUCUAGCCCCAUUCUUUAGAUGAAAGUAAGAACUCUUCUCCCUCUUUUUUUAAACCAAAACGGAUCUGUUCUCAGAGAGUGAAUUCAAAAUCCUUUAAAGGUGAACAUGAGCCCACACCAGGAAAAAAAAAUCGUCACGCUUUCAGGACCUACAGCUCAGACCUUGCAACACCCUCACCCCAUUUCUACUCCUGCAGGAUAUCUGGAAGCAAAUCCUUAGAUGACUUUGAUAGCACUGAAGAAACAAAAUCUAAGAAUUUAAACUUGGCUUUGGAUCAUGCCCUAAGGACAGCAACCAUUUUGAAAGAAACUACAGAUCAAAUGAUUAAAAUGAUUGCAGAAGAUCUUGCUAAAGCACAGAGGUGGAGGAAGCGGCUGAAAUACUAGUUCAACGCCAGGCAAC